UUCAACUUCCGCUCACAAGUCACAGCUUUUGGCGGUACAGAGUACAACCAGAUCGAAAAGGCAGACUCCCGGCGUCCUCUCCUCCUACAAGCUUAAGAGCUAGCCGCGCUCACUCAUCUCCGCUGCCACUCCAUUCUUGCCACCACAGAGUCGUCAGGCAAGCGCGCAGCCCAUACGUCAAUGGAGAGGUCAAGGUCCUACUCAGAGAAGAGCAGCACCACAACCACCACCCCGGCCGGCGCUGUCACCGAGCUGAGGUGCUACAGUGCCUCCUACGUCACACCCAAGAAGGCAGCGGGCACCGCCAGCUGGCCUCCUUGCACCACGGCUUCUUCCUCGACGUCGGCGGCGGCGGCCGGCCCGAAGGCGAGGUCGUGGAGCGGCAGCUUCCGUAGCGCCCCGGCGGAGCUGCGGAGGAAGAGGAGGGUGGCCGGGUACAGGGUGUACGGCGUGGAGGGGAAGAUGAAGGUGUCGCUCAAGAACGGCGUGAGGUGGCUCAAGGGCAAGUGCACCCAGGUGGUGGACGGCUUUUGGUGAACCCACCGAAGGUGCAGAUCAAUCGGCUUAUUCUAUUUUCUGCCUGGUGAUCAUUGCCGACUUGCCGUGAUCCAAGAGGUGUCCGAACGUGAGUACGGUCACAUUCUUCCUUUUGUCAGCUCUGGCGUCGUGUUUUUCCUCACAUUUUAGUAAGAACAUAAGUGGAAGGUUGCAGGAAAGAAGGGUAGCUGCAGACUGUCUUGACCAUGCAUACACACUUACUAGUAUGCAACCAAUGGAUGCUUGGCUGUUCUUUAAAAUGUACUAUAAACUUGCUCUCGUGUGUGUGUCUGGGAUGUUCAUCUGGCCUGGACGGUUGCAAAUAAACCAACCUAUUUGAUAGA